GACAGCAAGGCCACAGUGGAAAAGAUGAGGUGGAGUUCUGUGUGGCUGUGUUUCUUCGCUUCGUUUGCUACCAGUGUCAGCGAUGUCCAAGCCAUGCUGGUUUCCGACCAUGUCCGCAGCAUUUGUAGCACAUGGGGCAAAGAGCACUUCAAGACCUUUGAUGGUGAUGUGUACCAGUUUCCUGGUUUGUGUGAUUACAACCUGGUUUCGGACUGCCACGGGACCUACCAAGAGUUCUCAGUGCACAUGAAGAGGAAGGAAAGCGACGGGCAGCAUACUGUCAGUUAUGUUGCGGUCACCAUCAAUGACAUUUUAUUCCGCCUCAGCAGCAGUUUUGUGACUGUGAAUGGUGAACCUGUCUCGUUGCCACACUACCAGGCGGGGGUACAAGUGGAAAAGAAUGCGGUUUACAUCAAGCUCCAGUCCACAGUUGGCCUCACUGUCAUGUGGAACGGUGAAGAUGCGAUCAUGGUGGAAAUUGAUCGUGAAUAUGAGAAUCGUACUUGUGGACUUUGUGGAGACUUCAAUGGUGUAUCACUCUACAAUGAAUUUAUUCAAGCUGACCGUAGAAUCAGCCCCAUUGACUUUGGCAACAAACAGAAAGUCCACCUUCCAAAUACUGAAUGUGAGGACCUCUAUGAAGAUCCUGAAGAGGCUAUACAUGUGUCGGAGUCAUGCAAUGAGUUUCGAACCACCUGUGAGGAGAUGCUGCUUUCAGAGUCCUGGAGCUCCUGUACCAGUGUGAUUGAUCCAGAACCUUACAUCCAGACCUGUGUGAAGGACAUGUGUGGCUGUACCAGCACAACAAAUGACAUCUGUGUCUGCAGCACCUUGUCUGAGUUUUCUCGACAGUGUUCCCAUGCAGGCGGAAAACCUCCCAACUGGAGGACGCCUCAGUACUGUGCUAAACAGUGCCCAUUCAACAUGGUGUACGAAGAAAGCGGUUCCCCUUGCAUGGAUACAUGUUCAUACCAAGACACAAGUUCACUGUGUGAGGAACACAAAAUGGAUGGCUGCUUCUGUCCUAAUGGAACUGUGUAUGAUGAUAUUUCCGAGAGAGGGUGCAUUCCUCAGUCUGAAUGUCAGUGCAAAUAUGACAAAGUCUACAACCCUGGUGAUGUGUACACACAGGGCCGAGAGGAAUGUGCAUGUCUUGAGGGUAAGUGGUCUUGUACGAGCCUUCACAUGGGUGCUACUUGUGCAGUUGAAGAGGGUUCACAUGUGACAACAUUUGAUGGGAAAACCUUCACCUUCCACGGAGACUGUUACUACACCUUGGCAAAGAUAGAAAGCAAGAAUGGCACGGGCCCAGCGUUUACCAUUCUGGUCCAGUUGGUUCCAUGUGUAAACCAAGAGUUUGACACUUGUCUGAAGAACGUUAAAAUCCUGCUGAACAAUGACAGAAACAAUGUAUUACUGUUUUCUUCUGAUGGCAAAGUAAAGCAGAAUACACAGAUCAUCAGUUUGCCGUACAACACAGGAGACGUCUCCAUAUUCCAUGCUUCAUCCUUUCACAUAUUGGUCCAGACAUCUUUUGGGUUGCAUCUUCAGAUCCAGCACGUUCCUAUCAUGCAAGUUUAUGUCAGCUUGGAGCAGGACUACAAAUCACAGACGCGUGGUUUAUGUGGGAACUACAACAUGGUCAUGUCUGACGACAUGAUGACUCCUCAGGGGAUGGUGGAGGGAAUUGCAGCAACCUUUAGUAACUCCUGGAAGGCCAACACCAUGUGCCACAACAGACCAGAAAGACUUGAUGACCCCUGUUCCCUCAGUGUGGAAAAUGAGUUGUAUGCCAAACAUUGGUGUGCCUUGCUACAAAGACCAGAUAGUGUCUUUGCACAGUGCCAUUCAAUGGUGGAUCCUGACAUUUACUAUAAGCGAUGUACGUAUGCUAGUUGUAACUGUGAGAAGAGCGAAGACUGCCUCUGUGCUGUUUUCUCCUCCUACGCACGAGCUUGUGCGUCAAAGGGAGUGCACUUGAUAGGCUGGAGAGACAACGUGUGUGGUAAAUACUCAAACACCUGCCCAGAGUCUCAGACCUUCUCUUACAAGCAUCAGAGAUGCCAGCUGACUUGUCAAUCACUGGGCUCAAUGCAGCAGAGCUGCACAUCUGACUUCUUGCCUGUGGAUGGCUGCUCCUGCCCUGAGGGUCACUACCUGAAUGAAAGUGGCCUAUGUGUCCCCUUGGACAAAUGUCCCUGUUACUAUAACGACAUCCUGAUAAACGCAGGGAAAUCCAUUACCAUCAAAGACGACCACUGUGUAUGCACAAAUGGAGUGCUCCGUUGCUAUUCAAGAUUGCGCACAGUUGAGUGCCCUUAUCCAAAGGUGUUCCUCGACUGCUCUUCUGCUGGCACAGGAGUACUUGGAGUACACUGUGCUAGAACUUGUUUGAAUGUAGACAGUGACUGUGGUGCCACAGAGUGUGAACCUGGUUGUCAGUGUCCUAGUGGCCUCCUGGAUGAUGGCAAAGGUCGCUGUGUGGAAGAACAUCAAUGUCCAUGUCAGCAUGGUGGAGAUCUAUUUGCCCCUGGAUCAAAAAUUCCCAGCAAGUGCAACAACUGUAACUGCAGAAGUGGAAAGUGGGAGUGCACACAGAAAAAAUGCGCAGGAACUUGUGUUAUUUAUGGAAAUGGUCACUACACUACAUUUGAUGACAAAAAGUUUGCGUUUCAAGGACAUUGUUCCUAUGUUGCUGUGAAGAACAAAUGUGGCAACAAGACAGUACAGAACAACAUUGGAGUUUAUACAGAAAAUGUUCCAUGUGGAAGUGCAGGCGCCACAUGCUCCAAAACUGUCCGGAUUCAGCUCGGGCAAAAAGAAAUCAAGCUAUCAAAGAGUCGCCAUGAAGAGAUAGACCUGGGAUAUGGCUCUGUGAUUCCAUACAAAAUAUUGAACCGUGGCCAGCAUCUGAUCAUACAAUCAGACAUUGGUCUCUCAGUGAUAUGGGAUCGCAAAACAACCGUUGAAAUCAUAGCGGAGCCACAGUACAGCGGAGAACUAUGUGGACUGUGUGGAAAUUAUGAUGGUGAUGGACAGAAUGACUUCACCACUCAGGGUCAGCUGGGAGUGGGCAAUCUGUUAGCAUUUGCAAACAGCUGGAAAGCGUCCAGCACUUGCCCAGAUGUGACAUUAACUGAAGACCCUUGUGAAAUAAGACCUACUCGACAUCACUGGGCAAAAGUGGCGUGCGGAAUUAUAAUUGGAGUUACAUUCCAAGACUGCCACAAUAUGGUAGAUCCACAUUCUUAUUAUGAAAACUGUGUGCAAGACUCAUGCGCCUGUGACACUGGAGGAGACUGUGAAUGUUUCUGCACAGCUGUUGCAGCUUACGCCCAAGCGUGUAGUGAGGCUGGUGUCUGUGUUUCAUGGAGAUCUCCAACUAUCUGUCCUGCCUAUUGUGAUUUCUACAAUACCCAUGAUGGGUGCACGUGGCAUUACAGGCCUUGCCAGACACCUUGUUACAAGACUUGUUUGUAUCCAGAAGGAAUUUUUAACGCCUCGAUACCCAAACUGGAAGGUUGUUACCCUAUAUGCCCAGACGAUAAGCCCAUAUAUGAUGAGAACAAGGGGAUAUGUGUGGAUGUUUGUGAAGGUUGCUAUUACAAUGGGACUCUUUAUGAAGAAAAUGAAGUUAUUUACAACGUCACUGACAACAAGGGAAUGUGCUACUAUGCAAUCUUGACAGAUGUUAACUACAACCACAACAACUACACCCACCCUACUCCACUUGCUAAACACCGGACGACCACAACUACACCUACACCUACUCCAACUGUAAGCUCAACUACACCCGUGACCGUGUCAACUACAACCACCACAGCUACACCCACACCUACUCCAACUGUAAGCUCAACUACACCCGUGACCGUGUCAACUACAACCGUCACAACUAAACCCAACUCACAGCUACACCACACAACUACUCCAACUGUAAGCUCAACUACACCCGUGACCGUGUCAACUACAACCACCACAACGACACCUACACCCACUCCAACUGUAAGCUCAACUACACCCGUGACAGGAUCAACGACAACCACCACAACUACACCCACAACUACUCCAACUGUAAGCUCAACCACACCUUCUACUCCAACUGUAAGCUCAACUACACCCGUGACAGUGUCAACUACAACCACCACAACUACACAUACACCUACUACAACCACCACAGCAACACCCACAACUAUUCCAACUGUAAGCUCAACUACACCCGUGACAGGGUCAACUACAACCACCACAACUACACCCACACCUACUCCAUCUGUCAGCUCACUCAACUACACCGUGACCGUGUCAACUACAACCACCACAGCUACACCCACACCUACUCCAACUGUAAGCUCAACUACACCCGUGACAGUGUCAACUACAACCACCACAACUACACCCACACCUACUCCAACUGUAAGCUCAACUACACCCGUGACAGUGUCAACUACAACCACCACAGCUACACCCACACCUACUCCAACUGUAAGCUCAACUACACCCGUGACAGUGUCAACUACAACCACCACAACUACACCAACUCCAACUGUAAGCUCAACUACACCCGUGACCGUGUCAACUACAACCACCACAACUACACCUACACCUACUCCAACUGUAAGCUCAACUACACCCGUGACAGGGUCAACUACAACCACCACAACUACACCCACAACUACUCCAACUGUAAGCUCAACACUCACAACUACACCCGUGACAGUGUCAACUACAACCACCACAGCUACACCCACACCUACUCCAACUGUAAGCUCAACUACACCCGUGACAGUGUCAACUACAACCACCACAACUACACCCACACCUACUCCAACUGUAUACAAGUGUACAACAACUAACACACACUACUCAACUGUAGUCUAUAACCUACAAAACUACACCACCACAGCUACACCCACACCUACUCCAACUGUAAGCUCAACUACACCCGUGACAGUGUCUAACACACACCACCACCUACACCCAACACCUACUCCAACUGUAAGCUCAACUACACCCGUGACCGUGUCAACUACAACCACCACAGCUACACCCACACCUACUCCAACUGUAAGCUCAACUACACCCGUGACAGUGUCAACUACAACCACCACAGCUACACCCACACCUACUCCAACUGUAAGCUCAACUACACCCGUGACAGUGUCAACUACAACACACCACACACUACCCACAAAGCCACUACUCCUAACUAAAGCUCAACCACACCGUCUACUCCAACUUGUCAACUACAACCACCACACCACUACACCACACUACUCCAACUGUAAGCUCAACUACACCCGUGACAGUGUCAAUACAACCAACAACACUACACUACAACUCAACUGUAGCUCAACUAACCGUACUCAACCAACACCCAUACCCAUAACUACCAACUGUAAGCUCAACUCUACACCACGUAACCAUCCUGUGCUCAACUACACCCACAGUGUCAACUCCACCACACUACCCACACCUACUCCAACUACCACCACAACUACACCCACACCUACUCCAUCUGUCAGCUCAACUACACCCGUGACAGUGUCAACUACAACCACCACAGCUACACCCACACCUACUCCAACUGUAAGCUCAACUACACCCGUGACAGUCUCAACUACACCCGUGACCGGAUCAACUACAACCACCACAGCUACAACCACACCUACUCCAAGUGUAAGUUCAACUACACCCGUGACAGUGUCAACUACAACCAUCAUAACUACACCCACACCUACUCCAACUGUGAGCUCAACCACACCCGUGACAGGGUCAACUACAACGACCACAACUACACCCACACUCUACUCCAACUGUAAGCUCAACCCCUACAACUCCAUGUACAGCUCAACUACAACACCACAUGUCACUACACCACACUACACCACUACUCCAACUACACCUACUCCAACUGUAAGCUCAACUACACCCGUGACAGUGUCAACUACAACCACCACAACUACACCCACACCUACUACCACCACAACUACACCACACACUACUCCAACUGUAAGCUCAACUACACCCGUGACAGUGUCAACUACAACAACCACAGCUACACCCACACCAUUACUCACCAACCUUAUAACGCGCUCAACUACACCCGUGACAGUGUCAACUACAACCACCACAACUACACCCACACCUACUCCAACUGUAAGCUCAACUACACCCGUGACAGGGUCAACUACAACCACCACAACUACACCCACACCUACUCCAACUGUAAGCUCAACUACACCUUCUACUCCAACUGUAAGCUCAACUACACCCGUGACAGUGUCAACUACAACCACCACAACUACACCCACACCUACUCCAACUGUAAGCUCAACUACACCCGUGACAGUGUCAACUACAACAACCACAGCUACACCCACACCAUUUACUCCAACUGUAAGCUCAACUACACCCGUGACAGUGUCAACUACAACCACCACAACUACACCCACACCUACCCCAACUGUAAGCUCAACUACACCCGUGACAGGGGUAACUACAACCACCACAACUACACCCACACCUACUCCAACUGUAAGCUCAACUACACCCGUAACAGUGUCAACUACAACCACCACAACUACCACCCACACCUACUCCAAUUAUAGCUCAACUACACCCGUGACAGGGUCAACUACAACCACACCAACUACACCCACACCUACUCCAACUGUAAGCUCAACUACACCCGUGACCGUGUCAACUACAACCACCACAACUACACCCACACCUACUCCAACUGUAAGCUCAACUACACCCGUGACAGUGUCAACUACAACAACCACAGCUACACCCACCACCAUCUCACUACUACACCUGACUGUCAACUACAACCACUACACACUACCACUACACCAUACUUCAUCAACUACAACUACACCCACACCUACUCCAACUGUAAGCUCAACUACACCCGUGACAGUGUCAACUACAACCACCACAACUACACCCACACCUACUCCAACUGUAAGCUCAACUACACCCGUGACAGGGUCAACUACAACCACCACAGCAACACCCACAACUACUCCAACUGUAAGCUCAACUACACCCGUGACAGUGUCAACUACAACCACCACAACUACACCCACACCUACUCCAACUGUAAGCUCAACUACACCCGUGACAGUGUCAACUACAACCACCACAGCUACACCCACACCUACUCCAACUGUAAGCUCAACUACACCCGUGACAGUGUCAACUACAACCACCACAACUACACCCACACCUACUCCAACUGUAAGCUCAACUACACCCGUGACAGUGUCAACUACAACACCACAUACACCCACACCAACUCCAACUGUAAGCUCAACUACACCCGUGACAGGCUCAACUACAACCACCACAACUACACCCACACCUACUCCAACUGUAAGCUCAACUACACCCGUCACAGGGUCAACUACAACAACCACGACAACUACACCCACACCUUCUACUCCAACUGUAAGCUCAACUACACCCGUGACAGUGUCAACUACAACCACCACAACUACACCCACACCUACUCCAACUGUAAGCUCAACUACACCCGUGACAGUGUCAACUACAACCACCACAACUACACCCACACCUCUCACACCUUCAACUCCAACUGUCAGCUCAACUACACCCGUGACCGUGUCAACUACAACCACCACAACUACACCUACACCUACUUCAACUGUAAGCUCAACUACACCCGUGACAGGGUCAACUACAACAACCACAGCUACACCCACACCAUCUACUCCAACUAUGAGCUCAACCACACCUUCAACUCCAACUGUCAGCUCAACUACACCCGUGACCGUGUCAACUACAACCACCACAACUACACCUACACCUACUCCAACUGUAAGCUCAACUACACCCGUAACAGGGUCAACUACAACCACCACACCAACACCCACAACUAUUCCAACUGUAAGCUCAACUACACCCGUGACAGGGUCAACUACAACCACCACAACUACACCCACACCUACUCCACCUGUCAGCUCAACUACACCCGUGACAGUGUCAACUACAACCACCACAGCUACACCCACAACUACUCCAACUGUAAGCUCAACUACACCCGUGACAGUGUCAACUACAACCACCACAACUACACCCACACCUACUCCAACUGUAAGCUCAACUACACCCGUGACAGUGUCAACUACAACCACCACAGCUACACCCACACCUUCUACUCCAACUGUAAGCUCAACGACACCAACAACUACUCCAACUGUAAGCUCAACUACACCCGUGACCGUGUCAACUACAACCACCACAACUACACCCACACCUACUCCAACUGUAAGCUCAACUACACCCGUGACAGGCUCAACUACACCCGUGACCGUGUCAACUACAACCACCACAACUACACCCACACCUACUGGGUCAACUACAACCACCACAGCAACACCCACAACUACUCCAACUGUAAGCUCAACUACACCCGUGACAGGGUCAACUACAACCACCACAACUACACCCACACCUACUCCAGAGCUAACUACACGCUGUCAACUACAACCCACAGUCACCCCAGUGUCAACUACAACCACCACACUACCCACACCUACUCCAACUGUAAGCUCAACUACACCCGUGACAGUGUCAACUACAACCACCACAACUACACCCACACCUACUCCAACUGUAAGCUCAACUACACCCGUGACAGUGUCAACUACAACCACCACAGCUACACCCACACCAUUUACUCCAACUGUAAGCUCAACUACACCCGUAACCGUGUCAACUACAACCACCACAACUACACCUACACCUACUCUCAACUACACCCGUGACCGUGUCAACUACAACAAACCACUCACACUAACUACCUACACCUACUCUACAACAUCCAACUGUAAGCUCAACUACACCCGUGACAGGGUCAACGACAACACCACAACUACACCCACAACUACUCCAACUGUCAGCUCAACUACACCCAUUACAGUGUCAACUACAACCACCACAGCUACACCCACACCUACUCCAACUGUAAGCUCAACUACACCCGUGACAGUGUCAACUACAACCACCACAACUACACCCACACCUACUCCAUCUGUCAGCUCAACUACACCCGUGACAGUGUCAACUACAACCACCACAGCUACACCCACACCUACUCCAACCUCAACUACACCCGUGACAGUGUCAACUACAACCACCACAGCUACACCCAAACCUACUCCAACUGUAAGCUCAACUACACCCGUGACAGUGUCAACUACAACCACCACAACUACACACACACCUACUCCAACUGUAAGCUCAACUACACCAGUGACAGGGUCAACUACAACCACCACAGCUACGCCCACAACUACUCCAACUAUAAGCUCAACUACACCCCUCAACUACACCCGUACCGUGUCAACUACAACCACCACAACUACACCUACACCUACUCCAACUGUAAGCUCAACUUGUCCAACUACAACUACACUCACCACAGUACAACCCAACACCCUUACUCCAACUGUAAGCUCAACUACACCCGUGACAGUGUCAACUACAACCACCACAACUACACCCACACCUACUCCAACUGUAAGCUCAACUACACCCGUGACAGUGUCAACUACAACAACCACAGCUACACCCACACCAUCUACUCCAACUAUCUCAACUACACCCGUGACCGUGUCAACUACAACCACCACAACUACACCUACACCUACUUCAACUGUAAGCUCAACUACACCCAUGACAGGGUCAACUACAACAACCACAGCUACACCCACACCAUCUACUCCAACUAUAAGCUCAACCACACCAUCAACUCCAACUGUCAGCUCAACUACACCCGUGACCGUGUCAACUACAACCACCACAACUACACCCACAACUAUUCCAACUGUAAGCUCAACUACACCCGUGACAGGGUCAACUACAACCACCACAACUACACCCACACCUACUCCAUCCGUCAGCUCAACUACACCACUGUCAACUACAACCACCACAGCUACACCCACACCUACUCCAACUGUAAGCUCAACUACACCCGUGAUGUCAACUACAACCACCACAACUACACCCACACCUACUCCAACUGUAAGCUCAACUACACCCGUGACAGUGUCAACUACAACAACCACAGCUACACCCACACCAUCUACUCCAACUAUAAGCUCAACCACACCUUCAACUCCAACUGUCAGCUCAACUACACCCGUAACAGUGUCAACUACAACCACCACAACUACACCUACACCUACUUCAACUGUAAGCUCAACUACACCCGUGACAGGGUCAACUACAACAACCACAGCUACACCCACACCAUCUACUCCAACUAUAAGCUCAACCACACCUUCAACUCCAACUGUCAGCUCAACUACACCCGUGACCGUGUCAACUACAACCACCACAACUACACCUACUCCAACUGUAAGCUCAACUACACCCAUAACAGGGUCAACUACAACCACCACAGCAACACCCACAACUAUUCCAACUCUCAACUAAAACCCCGUGACAGUGUCAACUACAACCACCACAACUACACCCACACCUACUCCACCUGUCAGCUCAACUACACCCGUGACAGUGUCAACUACAACCACCACAGCUACACCCACACCUACUCCAACUGUAAGCUCAACUACACCCGUGACAGUGUCAACUACAACCACCACAACUACACCCACACCUACUCCAACUAUAAGCUCAACUACACCAGUGACAGUGUCAACUACAACCACCACAGCUACACCCACACCUACUCCAACUGUAAGCUCAACUACACCGACGUCAACUACAACCACCACAACUACACCCACAACUACUCCAACUGUAAGCUCAACUACACCCGUGACAGUGUCAACUACAACAACCACAGCUACACCCACACCAUUUACUCCAACUGUAAGCUCAACUACACCCGUGACAGUGUCAACUACAACCACCACAACUACACCCACACCUACUCCAACUGUAAGCUCAACUACACCCGUAACCGUGUCAACUACAACCACCACAACUACACCCACACCUACUCCAAUUAUAAGCUCAACUACACCCGUGACAGUGUCAACUACAACCACCACAGCUACACCCACACCUACUCCAACUGUAAGCUCAACUACACCCGUGACCGUGUCAACUACAACCACCACAACUACACCCACACCUACUCCAACUGUAAGCUCAACUACACCCGUGACAGUGUCAACUACAACAACCACAGCUACACCCACACCAUCUACUCCAACUAUAAGCUCAACCACACCUUCAACUCCAACUGUCAGCUCAACUACACCCGUGACCGUGUCAACUACAACCACCACAACUACACCUACACCUACUCCAACUGUAAGCUCAACUACACCCGUGACAGUGUCAACUACAACAACCACAGCUACACCCACACCAUCUACUCCAACUAUAAGCUCAACCACACCUUCAACUCCAACUGUCAGCUCAACUACACCCGUGACCGUGUCAACUACAACCACCACAACUACACCUACACCUACUCCAACUGUAAGCUCAACUACACCCGUGACAGGGUCAACUACCACAACCACAGCUACACCCACACCAUCUACUCCAAUUGUAAGCUCAACCACACCUUCAACUCCAACUGUAAGCUCAACUACACCCGUAACCGUGACAACUACAACCACCACAACUACACCUACACCUACUCCAACUGUAAGCUCAACUACACCCGUGACAGGGUCAACUACAACCACUACAGCAACGUCCACAACUACUCCAACUGUGAGCUCAACUACAGUAGUGACCGUGUCAACUACAACCACCACAACGACACCUACACCUACUCCAACUGUGAGCUCAACUACACCCGUGACAGUGUCAACUACAACCACCACAACUACACCCACACCUACUCCAACUGUAAGCUCAACUACACCCGUAACAGGGUCAACUACACAAAAUGAGACAUUCUACUUGUGCAACUGCACCAUGGCCAGAUGCAUUGCGAACAAUACAAUUGAAAUAGUUCCGUAUGAAUGUCCACCAAUUAAGGAAAUAACUUGCACCAACGGCAAGAAACCAGUUCUUGUUUAUGAUCAACAUUCCUGCUGCCAGCAUUAUGUUUGUGACUGUGUAUGUGAAGGUUGGGGAGAUCCUCAUUACAUCACAUUUGAUGGUUCCUUCUAUAGUUAUCAAGGAAACUGCACUUACGUAUUGAUGGAAGAGAUGUCACCAAAACAUAAUUUGAAAAUUUAUAUUGACAAUGUAUUUUGCAAUCCCACUGAAGAUGUUUCUUGUCCAAGAUCAAUAAUAAUAUCAUACAGAUCAGAGGUUGUCAAACUCAUAAAUCAUAAUCUUAACGGAGCAGCAAAGUUGGAGGUAAGACUGCUGCUUCAGAAACUACCUUAUUCACAACAAGGUGUUAAGAUCAUGAAUUCUGGCAUUCACUUGAUUUUUGAGAUCCCUCACCUAAAAGUGGUCAUUACAUUUGGAAUCACUGGCUUUAGUGUUACCCUUCCAUUUCAAGAAUUUGGCAAAAACACACAGGGCCAUUGUGGAACAUGUAACAACAACCAAGCUGAUGACUGCAUGUUGCCUGGAGGCAAGCUAGUGGAAAGUUGUGCAGUGAUGGCAGACUACUGGCCUGCAAAGGACUUUAACGAACCCCACUGCCUAAUACCACCUGUACACCCCACUAAUGUACCUGAACCAUUGCCAUCUGAAACUCCAUGCAACCAAGACUCCAUGUGCAACCUGCUUAUGAGCAGUGUCUUUGCAGAGUGCCAUCGCUUUGUUUCUCCAGAGAAUUUCUAUAGGGGCUGUGUGUUUGACAGCUGUCAUGUUUCCAACCCAGCAGUUGAGUGCACCAGUUUGCAGACAUAUGCUGCUGCCUGUGCUCAGGCUGGGGUUUGCCUCCACUGGAGGAAUCACACUACACUGUGUGCCAGCGACUGCCCAUCAAACAGAGUUUACAAGCCAUGCGGUCCUGUAGAACAGCCAACCUGUCAAGCCAACCCUAGCGAACCAACCAUGAACUUUACCACUGAGGGCUGCUUUUGUCCUGACGGAAUGAUACUCUUUAACAAAGAAUCUGGAAUAUGUGUAGAAAAGUGUGGAUGUCUCGAUCCUGAAGGCAUUCCUCGUGAGUUUAAUGAGAGGUUUGAGUACAAAUGCCAGGACUGCAUCUGUGAUGAGUCUAGCAAGACUGUGAGUUGCAAGCCUAAGGUUUGCCCAGUACCUUCCCCUCCCACAGUGGACUGCAGCGGUGCAGGUUUUGUCCUUGUCAGCCAGCCUGAUCCAACAGACCCCUGCUGUUCCACUUCUGUUUGCCAAUGUCAAUUCAACACAUGCCCUAUCCUCAAUGUGGACUGUGAGACUGGACACAGACCAAUCAUCAGUGUGCCUGCAGGGAAAUGCUGUCCAGAAAAAACAUGUGCUCCUAAAAGAGUUUGUGUCCACCAAGAUGUUGAAUACCAGCCUGGUUCUUCAGUUCCUGUAAAUCAUCAGUGUCAGAAAUGUAACUGUUCGAACGACCUUGACCCAAUAUCUGGUUUAUUCAAAAUAAUUUGUGAGUUCCCGCCCUGUGAAGAAGAGUGUCCACUGGGUUAUGAAUAUGUAGAAACUGAUACAUCGGCAUGCUGUGGGAAGUGUGUACAGAAACACUGUGUCGUACAAGUUAAUGAAACCGAGAAGCUCCUGAUGCCAGGAGAAACCUGGUCACCACCUGACAAUCAGUGUGAGGAUUACACCUGUGUUAAGAGUGGUGAUACAUUAACCGUAAUGAAAUCACACACUGUCUGCCCACCAUUCCAAGAGAGCAAUUGCCAACCUGACACUAUUCAGACUGCAGCUAAUGGCUGCUGUAAAAUUUGUGUGGAGAUAGAAAAGGGCUGCAAGUUAAUGCCCAUGAAAACACUUGUCAAUCACAAAGACUGUCAGUCUGACCACGAGGUAGAUAUGCCAUAUUGUGAAGGAUCCUGCAACACUUUCACCAAGUAUUCUCAAGCAGCAGGUUCUGUGGAGCAUUCAUGUUCCUGCUGUAAAGAGACACGCUUCAGCAAUCGCACCGUUGAAUUGGUCUGUCUGAAUGGAGAGAAGGUCCCUUACACCUACAUUCAUGUGGAGGAGUGUGGGUGUGGACUCACAGACUGCACCAGAACUGCUGGACAUGCUGUUCGCAGGAAGCGAAGCUUCACACGGCUGUGAUGCCGUGAUGAUGAUCUGUCGUCACAUUAAUGAAUGUCGGACGCAGAGGUUCCCACAUUGUCCUAAAAAUCAUUACUGUUUAUCUCUUACAAAGUAAUUCCCAUUGUAGAUGGAGUAUUACUCAGCUGAUCAAAUAAAAAUAUGCAACUCA